AUGGCAUCCCAAUGUGAAGAAACCAAAACCGAAACAGACAACGGGAGUCCAUCCGUAGUUUCUCAUCAUGCUGGAGCCAAGAACGAAGUUCCAUGGACUCCACAGCCUCCAUUUGAAAUACUAAACAAGUAUGCAAGCCACAUAAAACGUUUCAGAUGCGGCAAAAUCAUCAGCCCUGCCCCUGAAACAACGGUCGGCCGCUUCCCUGGUCAGGAGUUAUCAGCUGACAGCAUUCUUGCAUUAGCAAAAAUGAGACUACUUCAGCAUACUUCUCAAAGCACUGGUGAUUCCAACUCAGGGUACCCUAUUAAUUAUGAUCCUGAUCUUUCAUCUGAGAAUUAUAAAGAUGUUGAACUCACUUCUUAUCUUCUCAAUGCUGCCGAGAAGUUCGCCAACCAGCAGUUUGAUUGUGCAGAGAAAUUGCUCCGCAGGUGCAUCCUUCUUUCCUCCAAUGCUGAUAGUCCUGUUGAGAGGGUCGUCAAGUUUUUUGCUGAGGCGCUACGUGAGAGGGUCGACAUUGAAAGAGGGAAAAUCGAUCUACACAAGAAUAUAUUUCAUCUAGAGGAUACAUUGUUUGAUUAUCAUCCUGCCGUACUUGCAUUGGAACAAAAACUCCCUUCAGCUCAGGUCACUCAGUUCACUGCCAUUCAGGCUGUCUUGGACGGUGUUGGAAUGGCUAGAAAAAUCCAUUUGGUUGACUUCGGGAUCAAAACCGGUCUGCACUGGUCGAUAAUGAUGCAAGGCCUUGCUAACCGGGAAAACUGCCAACUCGAGCUACUCAAGAUCACAGCUGUAGGAACGUCGAAAGUUAGGCUUGAGGAAACAGGCAGGAGGCUGUCAUCUUUUGCAGAGUCCAUGAACUUGUCCUUUCUGUACAAAACAGUUGUAUCAGAAACGAAGGGCCUCAAGAAAGACUCAUUCGAGUUUGAUCCCGACGAAGUCGUGGCUGUAUACUCGGGUCUGUGCCUAUGGUCACAACUAGUAUGGCCUAAUCAGUUAAAAGAAUUCCUACAGUUUGUCAAGAACCUCAGUCCAUGUGUGAUAGUGGUGAAUGAAAUCGAGGCCAGCACCAACACAUCGAUCUUCAUCGACCGUUUUCAUGGGGCGCUCUCGUUCACCAUAGCAACGUUCGACUGUCUCGACACGUGCCUAAAGGGCAAAACGAUAUACAGGAAAAUCAUUGAAGACGUGUUUUUCAGGGCCAUGAUCAGGAAUAUCAUUACAGCAGAAGAUGAAGAGAGGAUUUACAGGCAUGCCAAGAUUUGUUUUUGGAGGGAACUGUUUGCAGAGUUUAAUAUUGUGGGAGUAGAGCUGAGUGAUUCAAUCUUGUAUCAGGCAAGAUUGUUGAUCAAGGGAAAUGCUGCCUGGGAUUCUUGCACACUAGACGUGAAUGGAAACUACAUGGUAAUGGGGUGGAAAGGAACUCCAUUACAGUCAAUUUCUGCAUGGAAGAUCCAUGAACAGAACAACCAGCAUGAUUAG